AAGGGUAAAUAGCCACAACUGCUAAUCUAUAGAUGAAACAAAUUCCAACGGAUAUAUAUAUAUAUAUAGACAGCUACAGUACUGGUGAGACGAAGUCACAAAUAUUAAUUGCAACUUUCGCUCGUGAGUCGUACAUCCCCGGUAGCAACAACAGCAGUGAUUGUGAGUGGCUAAGAGACACCUACUGCUAUUGUAUUGGAGAUAUGGCCAGAUUUCGGAACAGGCUUUAGGUCACAUGACCACUGCUCUAAGCCGCACCUAUUAUUCAACUUGUCAGAAACCCAUUCUACAAGUUGGUGCGCCAGACCUAAUAAGACAGUCGAAGACUCGGAACGAAAAUGGUUAGCUUAUACAAAAGAAGACUUUUAGGCUUAGCAACUGGAUUGGUACUCAUAGCCUUAUCGCACUGUCAACCACUAGAUGGAGAUACUGCAGCUGCUAAACAAAACAAAUAUAAACCCAAAUUUGUCACACCGAAAGUUCAAGUUUCUCUAUCGUGCAAAUCUGACAAGAUCAUGGUGACCAUGAACUUUACGGAACCUUUUAACGGGGUGGCGCAUGCUGGCGACAAAGAAAGUCCGUGUAAACUGAGAGGCAUUGGAGACAAAAACUACAUACUCAAUGUACCAUUAACAUCAUGUGGAACAAGACACGAGCAAUCAUCGGGUAAUUUUAUCAACACAUUAACCAUUCGUUUCCAUCCUUCACUGGAACUGGAAGGAGAUGAAAUUAAAACAAUCAUCUGUAAGUUCAACACUGGAUCUAUCAACGUAGGAUAAACAAUUUGACCAGGUAGUUGAAAAAGGACAACACCAAGAAACUACGGUGUUUUACUUUUGUUACUUUUCUUGGAAAAUUAUAAAGGAUGUAAUGUUAUAUUGGUUAAGAUUUAUGAUUUCCUUGGAAAAAAAACAAAACCAAAAAUGUUUCGUUCAGAAGGGUCUUUGUGGUAUUAAAGGGAGUACAUGUAACAGCUUAUGCUAAAUAAAUUCUGGUGAAUAAAAA